AUGAGCCCAGGAGGAUUGGCAUCCGCAGAGAAAUUUUGUCAUCAGAUGGUGGUGUUCAUGAUCUUGCCACUUCUAUUGACCCCCACGGCAGUCAAACCAGACAAGUGCCCUCUGAAAAGUGCCCUUCCUGAUCUACAUGAGUUGUACCAACCAGGGAACUUCCUCAUCGGUGGGAUUGUUUCUCAGAUUGCUUAUGUCUAUUCUGACCUUGACUUCAAGAAGAAUCCUUCACCAGACUUGUUUGAGGUGCCCAAUGUCAUGACAAAGUUCUACCAACACGUCCUGGCCUUGGAAUUCGCCAUCAGUGAGAUCAAUGAGAAUUCAAGGAUCUUACCCAAUGUGACGCUCGGCUUCCACAUCUCUGACAGCUACAAUGAUGCAAGAGUGACCUACCGUAGCACUCUGGAGCUCAUCUUCAAGAUUCGUAGAAAUUUCCCAAAUUAUAAGUGUGACGCUGAUAAAAACCUGAUGGCUUUUGUUGGGGGGCUUUCCUCUGAUACUUCUUUUCAAAUGGCAGACAUCUUAGGUCUAUAUAAGAUUCCACAGCUCCAUCCAAUUCUUCAAGGCAUUUUGUUUAAUAACUCAGUGGGAGAAACCAUAUCUUUUAAUACCAAGAGAGAAAUGGGAGCUGGGUUUGACAUUACAAACUUCAUUGCGUUCCCAAACAAAUCCUUCCUCAGAGUGAAAGUUGGAAGGGUGGAUCCCAGUGCUCGAGAAGGAAAAGCAUUCAUCAUUCAAGAAGAUUUGAUUUCAUGGCCCAGAAGUGUGAACCAAGGGCUGCCCCUCUCAUUGUGCAAUGAUUACUGCCAGCCUGGCUAUCACAAGAGGAAGAAGGAAGGGGAGAAAUUUUGCUGCUAUGAUUGUGUUACAUGUCCACAAGGGAAGAUUUCAAAUCAUGUGGAUAUGGAUGACUGCGUCCUAUGUCAGGAAAUUCAGUACCCAAACAAGGAUCAAGAUCAGUGCCUUUCCAAAAUGGCAAACUUCCUAUCUUAUGAAGAACCCUUAGGCAUCUCUUUGACUUGCAUUGCUGUUUCCUUAUCCGUAAUCACACUCUUGGUUCUAGGAAUUUUUAUUAAGCACAAAGAUACCCCCAUCGUCAAAGCCAACAACCGGGAUAUCAGCUACACACUUCUGAUCUCCCUUCUGUUCUGUUUCCUCUGUUCUCUGCUAUUCCUUGGAAAACCAAGCAAGUUAACCUGCUUGCUCCAGCAAUCCACUUUUGGCAUCGUCUUCUCAAUGGCUGUUUCUUGUGUGUUGGCCAAAACUAUCACCUUGGUGGUAGCUUUCAUGGCCACCAAACCAGGGAGCAGACUGAGGAAGUGGGUAGGGAAAAGAUUGGCCAACUUCAUUAUCCUUUCCUGCUCCCUUAUUCAAGCCAGUAUUUGUGUGGUGUGGCUGGGAACUUUCCCCCCUUUCCCAGAUGUUGAUAUGCAAUCAUUGACUGAAGAGAUAGUGAUACAAUGCAAUGCAGGCUCCAUCACAAUGUUCUACAUUGUCCUGGGCUACAUGGGACUUCUGUCCACAGUAAGCUUGAUGGUGGCAUUCCUUGGCCGGAAUUUGCCAGACAGUUUCAAUGAGGCCAAGUUCAUCACCUUCAGCAUGCUGAUGUUUUUCAGUGUUUGGUUGUCUUUUGUUCCGACCUACCUGAGCACCAAAGGCAAAUACAUGGUAGCCGUGCAGAUCUUCUCCAUCUUGGCCUCCAGUACUGGGUUACUAGGCUUUAUCUUUCCCCCCAAAUGUUACAUAAUUUUGCUGAAUCCUCAUCUGAAUAACAAGGAACAGCUAAUGAGGAGACACAAUUAG